AUGCCGGGUCAAAAUAAAUCAAGAAUCAUGAAGAAUGCCCACAUAACAAAUAAAAAUAUGAAUCUUCAAAAGACAUUUCACCGAAGAGAGUGUUAUUUGACUUGUCUGCCUCUUGACAAGGGAAGGAUCUUUGGCAAGAUACAGCAAUAUUCCGAUUUAUUUUUUAUAGGUCAUAACACUUAUACACUUUUAGAAGGUAAAUGCUCGUUCACUAUAUUCUUGAUGUAUUCGAUUCAUCCUAAAGACAAAACAGAGAAGCGUUGUAAUGACAUAAGAGAGCUUCUAGCGGAAAGCAAGACGCAUCAAGAAAAGGAAUAUGCUAAUCUCGCCGAAACCGUGGAGGAGCCUAUGUCUACACCCGUUAAUGACUAUGCCUUUAUGUUGUCAGCACUCGACGAUAUUCAAAAAUGUACAUCGGCUCAGUAUAGUGAAUGUUCUGAACGGAUUCAAAAUCGUUAUAAGAUCUCUUUAGAAAAUGUUCAUAUUCAGCAUGGGGUCAGUAUAGUGGAGCCACUCGCACUUAGUCUCACAAAGAAUGAGAUUUCUGAAGUUGAAGGGUUGCUAUACUCAAAUAGUAAAGACCCUUAUUCUGUAAAAUUCGGAUAUCAGAUAUUUCAGCGCGAUCUGAAUACAUUGAGAGAGGGAAAUUGGCUAAAUGACAAUAUAAUCAACUGUUUCGUGCACCUCGCUCAAGAAGAAGCGGAAACGCAGGGAAUCAAGAGUUACUGUUUCAACUCGUUCUUUUAUAAGAAACUGAGUUCCAACGGAUAUGCAAGCGUUCGACGCUGGACCAAAAACGUUGAUCUCUUUUCGUAUAACCGAGUCAUAAUUCCCAUCAACACAAACAAUACUCAUUGGACGAUGAGCUACAUUGAUAUUGAUAAGAAAGAAAUUCACUAUUGUGAUUCGAUGGGAGGAACUGGGAAGCACAUAUUACAGGACCUGAUUGGUUAUUUGCGGGAAGAAAUGAAGGAUAAAAAGGGUGAGACGUUGAAUGAUGAGACAUGGAAGUUGAUUGAUUCGCGACGAUCCGUUCCACAGCAAGAAAACUUCUUUGUUCAGUUGUUUCGAAAGUAG